AUGCAAUCUAAUAUUUUUUUUUUCUUUUCAGAUGAUAAAUUAUAUAAAAACUGUCCGAAUGUUUUUCACCGAGCGCUUUCGGCUAUACAUUUAGCUGUUUUUAUAUUAUUAUUAUUAUUAUUCUCGUCUCCCUCUUCACUCUCUUUCCUUUGUAUUCUUAUUAUAACCUUUCCUCUUCUUCUUCAACUUCGCUUCCUGCAUCACUUUCUUGAUAUUUUUAUACGGUCUUUUGUCUCUCUUUUCUCAUUUUUCUCUUUCAACUACUACAUUCUCUUGUUCCCCAUAUACCCCUCUCUUCUAUUUCUCUUCUCCCCGCCUUUUAAUCUCUUCUCCCUCUUUUUAUUUCCAUCUCCUUUUCUCCUGCGCCCUUUAAGCUGUCUUCUCUCUCUUUCCUCCGCUUCCCAUAAUAUUUCUCCUCAUUCUAUUCCUCUUUCCCUCUUUCAUCUUUUUUCUUCCGUACUCUCCUUUUCUUCUUUAUUAUCUGAUCUCAUCUCUUUCUCCAAAGAAAGACAUUUGAAAUUUAUUAUUCUAUUUCUUCCCACCUCUCUCUCUCUCUUUCUCUCUCUCUCUCUCUCUAUCUAUCUAUCUAUCUAUCUAUCUAUCUAUCUAUCUAUCUCCCUGUCUCCCUCUCUCUAA